AACACUCUUUGCUAAACAUCGGCCAAAACUAAUAUAACAGAGUCGAGAUAUUCUCAUACAUGAACUGUGCUCCCCAGCGAUGUCGGGCUUCAGGGCGCUGAACAUCGAAUAUGAUGACGAGUCGGACGUCGAGGUUGACGAUACCAAGGAAAUCCAAAUCGAAGAGGCACUCAAGCUCUACCAAACCGCCUUGAAGUUUCAUGCAGAUGGACCACAGUCGUAUGAUCAGGCUGCCGCAGCGUAUGAGGAACUGUUCAAAUCGGAGAUCUUCAAGUAUCCGGAAUCGCAGACGGAGCUCGAGCGCAUUCAACUGUAUGGCCCAGCGCCAGAUUACGUGCCUCCUCUUGAUGGACCUGCACCCGGACGAAGCACAGCAAACAAUAACUUCGACACUGGACCGAGCACUUUGCCGCAAAUCCUCCACCUGUCGCACAAGAAUUACGCACAGUUCAAGCUGGACCAGCUGUCCGACAGACUCGACGCAUUCGCCGUGACACUCAAUCAAAUCCUCACAGAGGCUACAGAUUCUCUGGAGCACUUCGUGAGCUCGCUGGACAAGGAUGAAACUGAUCCUGACUUGUGGCGACGAACAGCCUCUGUAGGAGAAGUUCUUAACAGUAACCGAAUAACACGUUUCUGUUUGGAAGCUGUGCUCGACGGCGACGAAGAUGGGCUUGAUAGUGUGCGCUCGCUGCCUGGUCUUCACGAGGGAUUUGCAGCAGAACAGCUGAGAGAACUGGUCGCGCAGCUGCAAGAUCAUCUGUCUACCCUGCAGACCCCUCCUUCCAUGAAUGUGCGCCGACUCCUGUCCGAUAAAAUAAAGGCGAGACUACAUCCGUACAACGCGAUCAUAAACCGUGCACGAGAACUGCGUCAACAGAGCAAUCAACAGCCUGGGACUGAGGACACAGGAAGGCACAUUUUGCCGGCUCCGAGGACAUGGGCAGAGCUUGGCGAUACAAUUCUGCAGCAACAAAUGUCAGACCAACAUGGGAUCGCAACACGCCCUCCCUGCCUCGCCAUAUGCUUCGACAAAGCUGGCACUUUGCCACCAUUACCAGCUCCGCGCGACCUAGAGAAGCCUGGCAGUCCACAAGUUAUUAUUUCUCGGGUCAGAAUACCCAAGAUAACGAUGUAUCCGAUGAAUCUGACUCAGCAGUUUCCUGGCCUAGACAACGGUCGGCCCACUGUGCAGCCUCAGAUAGCCUCUGCAGACGCCAGCAUGACUAUUGCCGGUCCUUCACCAGUCGAGGUCGAGACUGAGCUGUCGACUAUGACUCUCCCUUCGCGUAAGCGAUCAGGAGAUGUGGCAGGCUUACACGAUACGGAAGAGGGGCGGACCAAAAGCAAGCGUCUUCGUGCGCGGGAUUCCAUUGUGGACGCUGCCGCUGAGCGCCAAGCAGAUGCAAACACACGCUGGGAGCACGAGCAGGCAUUGAAUGAGUUUCAGGCGGCCGAUGACUGGAUGUUCGGGACUGUAAGUGGCCUUCUCGAGCGCAUUGGGAUUGUGGGCUUUGAUGCUGCGCGUCAUGUGCGGCAGGAAAUGCAGACCACAGACUCCGGCGAUGUUUCGCCCGCAGGUCAAGGCUUUGCGGCCUCUUCGGCUUUGCGCCACGCGCGAAGGGACAUUCAAGGCUUACUUGGUCACUGGAAAGAAUCAAUGGCUCACCUCGUGUUAUUUGGAGGCGAGAAUCUCGACAUCAGUCAAAGCCAAAAUCUCCUCACCACGAGCAACAUGUUCGGCAGUAUAGGGUCAUCCAAGGUACUGACAAAACUCGAUCCUUUGUCAAAUGACGGACUUCAGGACUUAAUCGACACCGUCAACGAAGGAUGGUCGCUCACAACGGAUGUUGCCUGGAAGUUCAUUGACGCGCUACUUCGUCCCGGCAAGCUCACGGUCACAGAAAGCAGCUACGUCAAGUACCAGUGGCCCGAGACGUUGAAGACAGUGGUGGUCCGUGUCAUCGUUAACUUUGAUGAGACGGUUUACAAGCAGGCAGCUGCCGAAGUUGCUCAAUGGCAAACUCCGCAACUCAACGGCAAGGUCCAAGCUGCCGUGCAUGACUUAUCGGAGAUCAUACAAUCUAUCUUCGAGCUUCAUCUGGAUGUGUACUCUCUUAUCAAGCAGGCGAAUAGCGGUGUAGCAGAAGACACGAUCGUGGCCCAAGGCGACCGACUCCAACGAUGGUCGCAACUGGCGAGAGACAUUAUGCUUGCACGACAGCAGACUGAUUUGCCUGACCUCAAAGAUAGUUUGAACAUCAGAUUCCUAUGGGCCACUACCUUCGCCAUCGGCGCUUCCGAGGAUGUAACGCAGGAACACACCAUCGGGUGCAUGCACGAUUUGAAAAGAAUCCUCGUUGACGCCGACAUGCCCGGUAUCCACCUUCCCAACAACGCGAUCAUGCCUGAGGUCUCACUCGACGCGCUGGAACGCGAGCUUUCCAAGCUGACGAUGAAAGACUUUUUCGUCAAGGUCACAAACCAAGAUGUCUCUGAUCCUGCGUCUGUGAUAGUGAGCCUGGAGCCGUUGCUCGAGAGUCUCGAUACCGUCAAACACACAGAUAAUGCCAGCAAUGAGCAACCAACUCCAGCCUUGCCACCAAAUGUCCAACCCGAGUUCGUACGAUUUCUGGAAACGAGUCCGGUAUCUGUCCGGCUGAUGCUCUGGCAGCGUCUGCGUGAUGCCUACAUCAAGAUCGACUAUAAACCAAAGGUCGUCUGCUGUUAUCUGCGCAUGAUCGGGAUAGUUCUGGAAGAGAUGAAGUCGUCUGAAAAUGCAAAUCUCGAGCCAGCAGAGCGUCUGGUGACUGAACUCAAGAGCCUUCGUCUGAUUUCGGAAUGGGUCAAGCUUCUGUUCGAGCUGAUACAUGGCAAGCAGGACGGCAUGGGCUGCAUGGGCUGCAUGGAUGACGAUUACAUCAGAUUCGCGGUGCGGAACUUCGGAGAACUACUGCAGCUUCUACAAGUGUUCAACGUUGUGAAUGAUGCGGUGAGCGUUGGCCGGAUCGAGGCACCGUCGGUGCAGUCUUUCCGCGCUGUCAUGACUUGGAGUCACGAGACGCAAGUUCGGGUGUGGAUCAUACUCUACGCCGUUUUCCAGGAGGCAAUAUCGGAGAACAAGAAUAUCUUUCUGAUGCCAACGGAGGACCGCUUCGAGUUUUUACGUGUGGUCCAUCGCAAUUUGGGUAUCCGUGGCAUAUGCUCCUGCUUGAAUCGAGCUUUUGUUCGCAUGCUGAAGGAUGAGUUCUUCUCUAUGACACACGUGGACGGCUACGACACCGAGCAAGCGCAGGUACUGUACGAUUUAUAUGGCCUGAACUGCUUCACCGAUCCAGACCAGGAUCUCAUUGAACACAACUGCACGCAUGAUGCAUUCCUCGACCGAGGCGUGGCCUUGCAAGCCGUGGAUCUGUUGCUGGCUCAGGCGAGCAAGCUUCCCAUGAAGGAGCUUGUAAAACAUACUUUGAAGGACACUAUCGAAAAGGUACAUGGUGCCCUCGCAAGGAGGAGGCCAUCCGAGGCCAUUCUGCGCAACAGAGAGACAAUCAAGGAGUUCCUCAAGUCGAACAUUCAACCCCUGGAGCUAUACUCCUGCGUGAAGGGCGAAGGCAACCACCUUGCUGUGCAUCCCGUGCCUGAGGGCGAUGCAGUGUUGGCAUCGAAAGGCUGGUUCUUCUUGAUGGGACACAUGUCACUCACCAAGUUCCGCGCUCAAAAGCGUACUGGGCCAACCCCAACAGAGGAUGUCGAUAUUGCCAUCGCGUUCUUCAUGCAAGAUUUGGAGUUCACAAUGAAUCAUUGGGAGACUUGGUUCCGCCUUGGGCAAGCAUACGAUACCAAAAUCGAAGAAAGUGUUGUAUGGUCGGCUGAGAAGCUCAACAACAGCAUGCAGGACAUCAUCACACUGCAGAAAUAUGUCAUUCACUGCUUCACGAUGGCCACGGCACUUGCCCAUCGUUCUGCUGACCUCAAGUUCGAAACAUCCAGCAAGAUGGCAGAGUUGUACGGCGAUUUCGCCUUGAGGCUGUAUGCAUCGUCUCGGGAGCCAUUUUCUAUGAAGCCUUUUGAAGUUGAGGAGGAGAACAUUUUCGUCAGUGAUCACAAAGGCGUGCACAGGUCAACCUCGCUCAAACCUAUGCGGCUAUACACUGUAUGGAAAUUGGCCAACACCAUGUUCAAGAAAGCUCUGCGGGGUCGAUCUGAUCAGUGGCAGCUUCACUACAUGGUGGGUAAGUGUCUGUGGAAGAUGCACAAUGCGUCUGAUGAGUUAAGAGGACAUGAUCAGCCGCCUACAGGUCCACAAGUUGUCGAUGCUUUCGUAAAGGCACUGGAACUCCUGCCUGACAAGGACCGGAAAGAAAGUAAAGACUCAAAGCGCGAGCCUACUUUGGAGCCUCAUUACAAGCUCUUAGUCAUUGUCGACAAGCUCUGGCGCAAGGGCACUCUUGAUCCGGCCAGCAUGAAACAGGCACUGGACCACUCUCACUAUGCGCGCAAAGAGGGAUUCCCAGAGUCCAUGGACAAGUGGACAGAGCACGUCCUAGCAGUGCUCAAAGCUCUGAGUAAAGCAGACAAAUCGAAUUGGUAUCACCGCAUGAUUGCAAGAACUGCUCAUAUUGCCUACGAGCAGAGCAGACCCUCCGCAGAGCCCACCACGGAGCAGCUUGAUGCCUGCGCUCGAGCUGCCAACAACGUCUUGACUCAGCAAAUGUUCACAAAGACGAUGGUGUUGCAAGUUUGGCGACCAGAAAACGAAAGGGCUGGACGCCACUUUGUCUACACUUCCCGCUACACCCGCUUCAUGGUGAAGAUCUUGAAACAGCUCAAAGACCGUGUCACAUUGGAGACUCUGGCAAAGAGAGUUCGGAGAAGACAAAAUGAUCUCUUUGAGCAAAGCCUUGUCUGGCAGGACAUUUGUGCUGCCUGGCUUUAUCUCCUACGCUCAUACGGUGGCUUAUCAGAAGGACUCGAGACUGCGUGCUUCAGCAACAUAGCAUACGAAGACUUCGUGGCCAGGAAAGAUCCUCUAGAAGUGUGGAUGCAGAACACGCCGAGUGGCGAGUCACCGGCCCUUGACGUGCUUCGUGAAGUACAAGAGCUGAAGAAGAUCAAUCAAGGCUUGAUGAAACCAAGCGCCAUCGAUGAUCUCAUUGGAGACUCGUAUGCGCAUCUUUUCAGCACUGUAGGCAAGCAGCUGUGGGAGCAAGAAGAGAGACAGAAGAGGGAGGCAGAAGCAAGCAAGCCACCAGAGCCUGCUCCUGCUCCCGCUCCCGCGGCAGUGACCAGCCCGCCUCGCAAUCCGAUGAUGAGCCUCACGCAUCUCAUGAAUGUGGAUGGCGCUUCUGAUGCCGCCCCAGCCGCCCCAGCAGUACCUGCGCCCGUUCCCGUGCCUGCUCCUGCAAUUGCUGAACCAGAUCUCGCACCAGUCCGCCGCAAGAUUGGCGUUGGAAGACGUGAAAUCAGAACGAACGCCGAAGCCUGCGCCUUCAAGGGCGGCUCAACUUCCAACAAGGACAAAGCUGGAACAAAUGCGUCUGCUCAACCGAAGGGUGUCGUGGAUGUCAUCGACCAAGAACGGAGAUCCAGUCUACCUGGAGGCUUCUCGGUGGAAAACAGUGCUCCGGCAAGCAUCCAUGAGAACGCAGACGAUGCAGAUGACGAGAGCGAGCUUAGUGAUCUCGAAGGGGAACGAGAUGAGGAGGAAGACAGAGACGACGAUAUGCUUCCAGCAUCUUCUCCUCUUCCGGGAGCUCCUACGGACAACCAGACUGGCACGGCAGCAGGCGAGAAUGAUGUUGAGAUGGAAGAUGAGAGGGACUAGAGGCCUCCUCCCGCCCCGUACCGCGCGACAAUUGCUGAUGGAGUACGAACGACGCCGCGCCAACCCCUUCGUUGCCCCUUGC